CGCUCCGACACAUUGUACGUGAUUGGCUAAGGGGCGGGACUUCUCUAAUGUGUUGACUAAGUGCAACAGAGAGCCGGCCAGCUAACCAAUCAGAGCAGACUGGGCUCUGGUUUCAGACAGAGGGUGAAAAGAGGCAGUAUGAGAACAAUAAAAGAGCUUUUUGAACAUUAAAGCAUGGAGACAUGUCCCAGUGAAGCACAAAACAGGAACAUUUAUGUAAUAGGCCUCUUUGAAUAUAAUUGAAGAGUAUUUUUUAAAUUAGCUUAACAACGUCAUCCUCUGUAUCAUUUCUGUUUGCCUCGUCAAAUUCAUUUAUUUAGCUCGCCGUCCAUUUAAUUGAACCAUUUUUUUUGUAAAAAAACACAUAAUUAGCAUUUAAAUCUCCUACAGUGUCUCCCCCCCCGCCUCCCUCCAUCGCUCUCUCUCCCCUCUCUUACUCUCGCAGACUCUACAUGUCUCAGUCGCUAAGGCAACCGAUGCUUUUUUUUCCCCCCUCAGUUGCUCUCUGUAUCUCCCCGUUUCUCUCUGUCUCCCUCUCCCUCAUUCCCUCUCUCCACUGCCAGAGAGAGAGAUGAUAGGAGGAGCGGAGUCUCAGUGAACAGAGCGAAGCGAUGGAGAGAUGCUCCAUCUCUCCUGUCGCACGACUGACUGCCCUGCUCCUGGUUGCUCUGGUGACACAGCCCUCCACCUGUAACCGUGACGACAGCGAGGGCAAGGAGGAACAGCUGGACGCCCUGUCUGUCCAGCUGUCCGUCACGGCCCAGGUCACGCCCACCCCUCUGUGGGCGGUGGUCUGGGGUCCCACUCAGCCUCUGGAGGAUGAGACCUACCACUUCCUCUCCAGCCAGGAAACGGACGCCCUGCAUGGCCACGGGGGGGGACAGCAGGAGGCGAGCACCCCCGAGGCGGACUGGCCUGCGAGCCAGCAGCCCCGAGAGGAGCCCCCGCUGGAGUCCAAGGAGCAGGGGGGAGGAAGGGAGGAUGGAGGGACGGAGGCGGAGGAGACGGAGCCUGAGGAAGUGGACCCUCAGUUCUACGUCACCGUGACCAUCUCCUCGCUGCUCAUCCUGACCGCAGUCGUCAUUACAGCCAAACUCUGUUACGACCGCAGCUGUUCCCAGCAUCCACCCCCGGUUUCCCGUGGCGUCGCCCCCCCACUCUCCCUGGCUCUCCCCCGUUCCCUGGCUUCGGAGGACAGCCGGCAGACGCUGCACAGCACCUCCUCCUCCUUCACCGACAGGGAGAGGAUCCCAGUUGUGAACCUCUGAGGUGACUGUUUCUCCAUAUGGUAAACACAUCUACGGGGCCAGAGGAGGAGCAUCAAUACGACCGGAGGGGUUGCCCACAGCGCCGUUUUAUUUUCUCUGAAACUGUGAAAUUGAUUCCAGGGGUCCCAGGUAUCCAGCCAUCACAAAAACUCCUCCACUUCCCCGAGGUCUAAAAAAAACACAUCUCCCUGCUGCUCCCUCCUUCCUUCCUCUGUGCUCGGUUAGAAAUGUCUUUCAUGUGGCUCUGCGUCACAGCUACCUGUUUUCCAUCCCCUUCAUGGCCUUGAGCUCCUCGGCCCGCCAUGGCUAAUUAAAAAAACAAGCAGUUUAACAGACGUGUGACAUCCCAACGCCCUACCUGUGCUUCCACAGCUGAUUCCACCUGCACAUGUAAAGCCCAUCACUUUCCCUUUUGAUCCAGCAGACUGUUUCUUUCACGGGAUGACUCUCAAAUACAGUUGAAUCUGGUUUGCAAACGGUUCAAAGAAAGCCAUUCUCAGCAUCUCCAAACACUGAACGGGGUAUUUCACAAAGCUGUUUGGCAGGGCCGUAGCCAACAGGCAAUGUGUUUAACAUGUCACGCUCCAAAAACUGCUGUUUAUUCCCUGCUUUGGGCGCCUGAAAUGCAAAUAGCGUGGCUUUUUUUUCUUCCUUCCCCCUCUGUAGUGUAGCGGAGUCGGUUUUUGUUUCAGCUUUUUCCCCAUGAUUUGUUUUCUUAAUUAUCUGGCUGACGUUCACCUCUUUGUGAGCCCCCUCUGGACUGUGUUAGGGGUGUUCUUAAGAGUACUUCCAGUGGUGGAGAUAAAAUAUUCAGAGUGGGAAUGGAAAGAGGAGGCAAAACUGCUGAAAAUCAAUGAUUCCCAAAGGUUGUUCAUUUUUGGAUGGCGCACAACAAAGACAGAUUUAUGUGUGAGCUGUACCCGUGAUCAAAGGACGGAUGUAACCACGACAAGGGUUUCUUCUCUCCACCUGACAGCCAAGUAUAUCAAUCUGGAAGAAAGAAAAAAAACCCACCAUAAUUUCUCAUAUCACAUUUCAAGUUACUGUCUUGGGUGCAGCAAAAGGAAAGUGGCACAUCAAGUUGCAUCAUCUCUGUCUCUCCAAUGAUUCUGCAUGUAUACAGUAAGAAAACCUGUGAGAGUAGCAGCAAGAUCUAUUAUUUAUAAAUGUCUAUUUUAUCUAUCAGUGAGUGACGUGUUCUAGAGCCUCUCAAAGCCAAAUGUCAGUUUCUGUUUGGCAACUUUUUCUAAAACAGCUUUGAAACCCGUCUCAACAUUUCCUCUACAGACACAUUAGUGCUGGUGGCAUCCUGCGUGCAUCGUGCAAUCCUCCAGAUAUCAAGUCUUGUGAUUUUUAGUAGCAUUCCUGUAGAAAAAUGUGGUCUU